AUGACCAAUUGCAUAAUUAACCCAUCAUUUACUACUCAACAAAACAAACCCCGUUCUGGGUUUUCCGUUACGUGGCGCUCCAUCAAUGGGCUACAUAACUCACUUCACAAAUCACAAAUAUUAUACCUUCCAUUCCCCGUCCGAUUGUCGUCGUCACCGCGCGCGUCUCAUUGGCUUUUUCUUCACUUCACCAGGAUCGAUCUCUCUUCCUGGUUUCGCCUCUCUUCCCGAAUCUCCGUAGCUACUAGGAUAGCAGCGGCCAGCGGCGGAAAAUGCCUCAUCUGAGAAUCGUGGAGGUGGAGCCGCCGAGUCCGAUGAGGUACUUAAUCGGCGCGGCGAUAAUGAUGAUCGGAGUGGUGUUGCCGGUCGGAUACAUGAUGUUUCGGAACAAGCGCGUCCCUUCCUCUUCUUCUUACUCCAAACAGACGUAGGAACAAAGUCUUGAUAUAAAGAGAUACAGGGAAGGAUGAUCAGCUUUUUUCUCUUAUUAUAUGUGAAGUGAUGAUGCAAGUGGCUCAAUUUUGAAGGAGAAUUAUAGAUAGGUAAGGGUUUUCGACAGAGAUGUCAAGUGGAUAUGACGAAAGAUGUAAAUGUGUUGAUAGUUGAAAGUUACUCGCAUUCUUCCAUUACUACUGCUCUCAGAAGUUAGGGAUUCUAAUCAAAUGUGUGAUUUUGAUUCCCAUAUUGAAUGAAUUUGAUGGUUAGAAAUUGGCAAAUUGAAGCCACUUUAGAGAUUUGAUCAGGUCCAAUUGUUGUUGCACUGUUGUGGACUUAAGCUUGUAGCAGUUGUUCAAAAACCAUUCUGUAAUUCGCAC